GACAGUUUAGCGCCCAGAGCGGGUAAGAAAGCUGCUCAAAGAUAAGGAUACUCCACGCGAAGGAACACGGAGACAUCAAGUGCUAUGCUGGACUCUCAUCGGAAUGGAAGAAAAUCAAAUUUAUGUAAAUCUCAGUGCUGAGAAACGAAUACCCAAGUCUGACCUCCUGUUGCUCCUUCGCACCUACAACUGCUACCAUGAAGGCAAGAACUUUCAGUUGAGGGUUCAUGAGGAGGAGGGGGGUCUCAUCCUGGAGGGUUUGCUGAACAUCCACUGGGGUCUGCACCGGCCAAUCCGGCUUCAAAUGUACGACGACAACGAAAGACUACGUCUCAACCGGAAUAAAACUGCAAAACAACAAUCAACAGAGUCAAACAAUAACGCUUUUAGCCGGGAAAAUGGACCAGCAGAGGGCAGCAUGGAGGGCCUACAGGAGGAAGAGGAGUCUCCACAGUUGCUGAGAACCAGAAGUGAUGCUUCUUUCAUGCAUGUCCAGAGGAGGUCAAGGACAAACACCGCCAGAGACCUGCAGCGUUUACGUACACACAGGUUCUCCAUUAAUGGACACUUCUACAAUCACAAGACAUCUGUGUUCACGCCGGCCUUUGGUUCUGUCACAAAUGUGCGAGUAAACAGUGCCAUGACGACGGUACAAGUGCUUAAUAUGCUGCUACAAAAGUUUAGGGUGGAAAAUAAAUCAGAAGAGUUUGUUCUUUACAUGGUCCACGAGUCUGGCGAGCGGACCCAAUUGAGGGAAAGUGAAUACCCGCUGGUGACCCGUGUGCUUCACGGACCUUGUGAGAUGAUCUCCAAAAUCUUCAUCAUGGAAGCUGAUCUUGGAGAGGAAGUCACCUAUGAUGUUGCCCAAUACAUCAAGUUUGAGAUUCCAGUUUUGGACAGCUUUGUGGAGAAGUUAAAAGAGGAGGAGGAGCGGGAGAUAAACAAACUGACAAAAAAGUACAUCGCACUGAGGUCAAUGAUUGUGCAUCAGUUGGAAAGGAAAACACACUCCUGUGACCCAAUAUAAGUGCCCGUGUGUGUCUGUGCGUGUGACUUUCCUCUAUUUUUAUAACACAUUUUUCACACUUCCAAUUUGUACAUGCAUUUUUGUACUGUAAUGUGAUUGUAAUGUUUUCUAUGACUUUCAUGUUCUGUAAUAAAUCAACCGAAUAGUCUUAGGGUUGCUGCACUAUUCUCCAAAAAUGUAAAAAAAAAAAAAAAUUUCCUGUUCUGCCAUAGGAGCGAUGAUUGCAUUAGCAUUGUCCUUCUGAGGGACCCUUUCUGCCAACUAGUUCCCAUGCACCGUGCUUGUGUGUGAGGGGGCAUAACACAAUGGGUAUCCUGAGAGAGGACAGGCAUUCCCUGUUUCCCACACUUUGGCAAGGAGUAAGGAUUGUUGACUAUUGUCAUUUUUGCAGGACCUGCCUUGACCCUCAGUCAGACCGCUAUUAUUAUUCGUUGAUUAAUGUAAUAACUAAUUCAUGAUAUCUUGUCCGACAUGCGUGUCCCUUCGACCGGGACUUCACAAGAAAUAGACGCGAGACACAUUUAGCACAAAAAGUUGUUGUAUUGCCAACGGCCAUGUUGUGGAAUGCAUUCCCACAGACCGGAAAUGAAAACUAAAUCAAAUUGAACGAUUUGUGCGAAAUCAAUGUGAAAAUCUUUAAACAUAUCUGACCCAUAGACUUCAUAUUUAUAUUGACGGGACACAUUCCACUGACACUGCGCCACGCCUUUAAGUAGGGGGCUGUCCCAGCUUCAGUUAUUCACAGUCGGUCGCAGUUAUUCAAUACAUGCAGCGAUCCAACGCCGGAUUUAGGUUGAAAAAGUAUGAAAGCUCAAGGCUGUACCGCAUAUAAACAGAAAAGGUUGUCUCAGGAGUGAUUUGUUCGAGGAUUCAAGGUAAUUAUUAUAUUUCUCGUACUAUGCAUGCAUUUUGAGACGUGAAAAAAAUCAAUGGGAGAAAUUAACCGCUAUGACAUUGGCGUCAUAAUUUGCAAUAUUUGCGUAAAAUAAAUUGAACUGAAUUGAAUUGAACUAACUGCCCGGUUCUUUGGUCUUUAAACAAAAAAACACGACAGUUUUACAUCCAUAUCUAUAAAGAAUUCAGGGAUUUGCGCACGUAUUCACAAUAAUUUUCAACGUAAAAAGCUCUUUGUGGUUAUAAGGUGGCACCACAGUGGCUUAAAGACUAGCAGCACAUUCGACAUUUACGUAAAAUAAAUGCUAACUGCCCGUUUUUUUUUUGUUUUUUUUUUUGCUUCUAACCCAGAAUCGAGAUUGUUUCACACUCAUGUCUACAAAGAAUACAGGGAUUUACACAUUUAUUCCCGAGAAUUUUCAACGUAAAAAGCACUUUGUGUUUCCACUCGGUCAGCUUUGAUGGAGAUAGGCCCCCUAUUAAUUGGCCCUGCACCCCGUGUCCUGUCAAUAUAUUAUGAAGUCUGUGUCUGACCUUAAAGGAGAAACUUAAUUCACAAAAGUGGAGCCUUAAAUGUUCCUUCACUUCCCCUUGAAAGAAAAAUAAAUGAAAAAAGCUAGCUGUGUGCUUGGACAUGAAUGAAUUUUUUUUUUUUAGUGUCUGAGUUGUGCACUGUGUUAUAAAUUGAAUGUUUUAAAGGCAACAGGACCCCAGUGUGACCCCCAAAGGUCAAGGGAAAACAAUAUUAACUAGGCCUGCAAGCAGGACUGAACGGGCCCUCACACUUUGGCGCUUCCCUUCCAGGAGGAGCCGGUCUCGUAAAAAAGGCAGUUUUCUGUUCCCAGCAGGGGGCGCCAGGCAUAAUAAUAAUAUUUCAAUGCAGUCCUGUUCAGGCUGGGAUACCUCACAUACAUGCCAGAUAUGAAGGAGAUUGAACAUUUUGUGAGGGAGCUAUAAGUCAUUUUCUGAAUUUGGUGUUUUGCCCAAAAAAUGGCCGAAUUUGGCAACCCGCCCAGUUCAGGCCCGGGAAUGAAAACUCACCAUUUGAGAACCUAAGAUCUCAUAUGUCUCAUGAACAUUCUCACCAAUUCUGAGGAGGAUCCAACUAACUCCCUAAGCAUCAAGGUCUCAAAUGUGCACCAUGUUAAUCGAUAAAAAUUUUACAUUCAAUCCAAAAUUCCCGAUUUCCUGUUGGGUAUGGAAUAUGGGUGCAAGAGUUUUUGGAGCAGUUUUGCACAACGUAUUGACUCCCCAAAUGUCAUCGCUCUACCUUGAAAAAACCUAAAUGAAUUUUUUUAAAAUUCAAGGGGGCACCUGAGCCAUUCUGUUACAUUUUUUCGCAACGUUGCAAAAUUAUUGAAAUCUACGCGAAGUCUCACGUAGUUUUCGAGAAUGUUUAGGCCUCCAAAUUGGCCGUUUUCAUUUGCUGAGGAAAAGAAAUAAUAAUAAUCAUAAUCCUUUGCAUUACAAAAGGGCUCUCGCACACUUAGUGCUCGGGCCCUAAUUAACUUUUAGAUGUGACGGUUACCUGAGAGCAAAAGUAUAUUGAAUAAUAGUUAAAGAAGAGUCUCACAGACCUGUAGUUGCAAUUUGUUCCGAGUAUAUUGAUUCCAGAGAUAAAGCAAUGACAAGUACAGAAUUCUGGUUGAUAGUUCCCUAUUCUGAGCAAUUACACAUAGUGGAAGUAUCCGUAAAAGUCCUACAGCCAGUGUGCUCCCUAUGUACUCCAAAGGUGUGCAUAAAUUAGCAUCUAAUUACAUGAUGAGGUGAGGUGAUACCAUGAUGAGGCCAAGGGCGUAGGUUUGCAUUGGGACGGUAAGGACAUACUGUAACACUAGCAACUUUUCAGGAUGCUCAUAUUGUCCCCACCAACUUUUAAGCAACCUUAUUUGCAUUAUAUAAUGUCUUCUGUAUGUAUAGGUAAUUUAGAUUGUCUUCCCAUGAAUGUUCUAAGGAUAGAGUUGUGCCUACCAUUAUUAAGUGAAUUUGACUUACCCCUUUUUACUUGCUGAAUGUGCCAGUCCAUUUUUUUCCCCUUCAAACGCACGUUUGAUUGGCUUAUGAUUUGACUCCGCGCCCACACACACACACACAGCCCCAACAGAAAUACAUCAUGUCGACAACAUACCACCUCCUCCGCCCCCUUCGAAGAGGAGGGAUAUCAGACGUUUUUUCGACCACCACCAACAGCAGCAGCCACUGUAAGUAUUGUAAAAAGUCAAUGUUGUGGAGGUGGGUAACAUGCCACAAUUUUUUUCCACCGAAAGUCCGACCUGCAUCAGAGCAUAGACUUCAUAAUUGAAUUGUAUUGUAUUGGUCACCUCCGUCAGACACUGCGCAAUGCCCUCAGUCCGCUUCAGUUAUUCGCAGUCGGUCGCAGUUCCUCAACAGAUGCAGCGAUCCAACGCCGGAUUUAGGUUGAAAAAGUAUGAAAGUUGUACCGCAUACAAACAGGAAGGAUUGUCCCAGGAGUGAUUUGUUCAAGGAUUCAAGGUAAUUAUUAUAUGUAUGUAACGCUUGACAGGUCUUCUUUAUGUAGGAUGCUGUCAUCUUUUCCCAAGAUCUAACAAUGGACCUCUCCAAGGCUGCCACAGAAGUUUGUGGCUUCUUACAGGCACUGUCCUCCACAGUUGCCCAUACGCUAUAAUCCAGGGGAUUGAGAUCUGGACUCUGGGUGGCCACAUAUCACCUUGUUAAUCAACUUUUUGGUCCCCACAGAUCGGGCACUUCCAGACCCAGGUUUUCGUGAGGCUGUUCCAGUAUCUUUCAGCUUCUUUUUAACUUUGUAGACUGCACAUCUGGAUAUUCUCAGAUUUGCUGCAAUCUCAGUAGGUGUCAGACCGGCACGCAGCAAUUCAGGUACAGCUAAAGUUUUCUUCAUUUUCAGCAGAAGCACAGAAAUUGUAGAGACGAGAGAUUACCAGCUGCAUUGAGUGACCUUAAUGAAUCACUUAAGCAUGACAACCUAUUUAGAUAUGUUUCAAUGGCUUUUAAACAAGCAGUCAACUGAGUGUAAACUUUUUUUUGGGUCACCCUGUAUAUAAAAAAAUCAAUGGGAGAAAUUAACUGCUAUGGUCUAACAUCAUUUUUCGACAUAUUUAUAUAAAAUAAAUGCAAACUGCCCGUUUUAUUGCUCUUUUAAAGAAUUCUCUUUCUAAAGAAAACAGACUGUUUUACAUUCACAUCUAUAAAGAAUUCAGGGAUUUAAGCAUUUAUUCACAAGAAUUUUCACUGGAAUAGCUCUGUUUACAUAUGGCGGCCGCCACAUUUGCCACGUUUACAUGGAGCCAAAUAUUCCAAUUACAAUCGGAAUAUUUGUUCAAACCGAAUAAAUGUGUUCCAUAUAAACACCUCAUUCGGAAUGAACAGGCCCAAACCGAAUGGAAUUUCAUUCCGAUUCACAGGGGUGGAAUAUUCCUUUUCCCAAACCGAUUAGAAGUAAAAUUAUAUCAUGUAAACAGGGAAGCGGAAUGGUGCCUGGUUGCGUUCUUCCUGCACAUGCUCCGAACUGACGUGGUGACGUCACUUGGUGACGUAGGUAACGUCACUUGCAACAUGGCUUCCAAGCACACGCACAGCGCACCCACACAACUUUUUAAAUGAACGGCGUGUCAUUCUGAAGUUUUGUUUCCACUCGAAAAGUUAAAACAGCAGCUGAUCUGACGAUCGAUCUCCAUGUUUUGCAAUGUGACGCUUUGUUUUGAUUAAUCUGCGCAUGUCAGACGGCAGUUGUCAAACGUCCUUUCGGAAUAAAGGCAGACACAUGUAAACGCUGGAUCGGAAUAGAUGAAGUGACAUGUAAACAGCUGAUGUGAAAUUUCCAUUCGGAAUGAUUUGAAUCUGUAUGAAUAAAAGUCAGCAUGUAAACGUGGCUAAUGACUAACAGACUAGCAGCGUACUUUGACAUGUUUAUGGCGGAAAACACAGACAAGACUGAGAAAGCAGUUUCUGCUCUUGCACUCCUCUUUAAAAUAAACGGUUGUAUUUUAAGCCAAAAGAACUGUUGUGUUUGAUAGAACAAUAUGUCUACAUGCUCCCAUAGCAGAUUCAUAGCGCAUUAAGCCCCCAAACUAUUUUAAUUUGUCCGUUUUACCCUGGAAACCCCCGUUUACAGACGUCACGCAAGCGCUUUUGCUUCAACCCAGCCAUAAAACGAAGGUAGUUAAUUAUAUUUAUUAUUCAAAAUGUAUGUCAUUUUUAGCUUAGAAUCAAUAAUUGAUGUCUAAUAUUUCGUUUAAAAAAUAAAUGAAUACAAUUUUUUACUUGCAUAGUUUAAACUUUUAAACAACUUAUGUCACAAUGAAAAAAAUGGUGCCUGUAAAAAAGUCACGGAUAUGUACCUCAUAACAAUCGCUUGAUUGUUUUUUUUUUUUUUUCUGUCACAUUUUCUCCGAUAUGUUAGAUGAUAAAUAAUCGAUCCAAACGAAGAAAAAUUGAACAAAAAAUGUGUAAAAGAGUAAAUAUAUGAAAAUCUCGACCACUCCUUGAUGUCUGCGAUUUCUGCAUUGCGACCCUCGUUAUAUUACCAUGUUCCACCCAUAAUAUCCGCCAAAAAUCCGGCUGUGGCCAUACACAGCUAUGUCUUGACACUCAGUGAUACAUGCUACAUGGAGUUUUAGGAUCGAAAAGAGUUAAGUACGCAAUGAUAUCUCGUUAAAAUCCUGGCGUCUUUAAUUAUGCUCUUGCGUGCUCUCACCUCCAGUUAGGGUUUUGCUGGUUAAAAAAAAUGUUUUUUUUUUAAAUGCCCUCCUGUUCAAAAUUUUUCUUCCCCCAGAAAAUUUUUAUUUUUAAGCUUUCCAAUGAUGUAUCUAUCACACAUGCAUAUUGGACAAUUUUGAAAUUUAGCCAAAUUGGGGGCUCAGAGCGGAACUUCAAGUCACCUGAGUGUUUUCCGCCGUAUGCAAAAUAAAUACUAACUGCACAGGUUUUUUUUGCUUUUAACGAAGAAUCGAGACUGUUUUACAUCCACAUCUAUAAAGAAUUCAAGGAUUUAGGCAUUUAUUCGCAAGAAUUUUCAACGAAAAAAGCUCUUUGUCUGUGAUUCAACUCGGUCAGCUUUGACGGCCACGCCAACAAUUAAGGCCCCCUAUUAAUCGGCCCCCGCCGCAUAUCCAGUCAAUAUGAUUAUGAAGUCUAUGAUCAGAGUGAGCAUAAUAUUAAACUGUGUGGAUUUGCUAACCUGCAAAACUCGAGUAGGAAGCUGCUUAAGGAGAAGUGUCCUCCCGUAUGUGUUUUCUACAUGGGAAAAUCUGAAGAGUUGAAUUUUUUGGUGUAACUUAUUUUGAGUUGUCCGUUGUUGGUUUGGGUGUUCUUUUAACACUAGCAGUUUUAAGAUCGCUCUUGGCGAAGUGUCAGUUAAGUGAGUUGAACACAGACACCCCUGGCAGAGUUAAAUGUACUUCUAGCAGAGUUAAUCUGCCACACCCAGUUAAGUGCACGUGACAGAAAACAAAGCAGGUGCAAAAACUUGUAGGUGAAGUGACACCACGACUGUAAGUUGUGUUAUCUGUAAAUAGGUGGGGUGGUUCAGUUGCAUGUCCGCUAGCUGUCACACCUCUUGUUUUGUUUACAUUCUCCGAAGCCGGGGAAGGGAAAUGACAAAAUCCUGACAUAAAAUAUCGUUCGGGAGGUGUGACAGUAAAGGUGAAGUCGACAGUUUUGACCAUUAUGGAGUAAUUUUGCCUUG